AACCAUAAAACAAAAACAAAGAUAAGACAAAAUAAAAAUUAAAUAAGGGUCCUUUCAUAUUUUGGUCAAAAUCGCACUGUACUUAACUUUCCAUUCUUUUAGGACGGUGUGCGCGUAUAUAUAUUGGAGUUUGCCCAUCUGGGUUUUUGCUCACUCCAAGGUUUUGUAAAAUCAGAAGAGUCCAGAGGCAACUUCCCUCUUCUCUGUUCUAAUUUUCUUUCUCAAUCAUCUUUUACCUUCUUUUCUUUGGUGUGUGACAGCCACGUCAUAUCAUGGCGGAGAUUUCAAGUAAUGGACACCAUGUCCUGAAUGUAAAAGAUGGUGAACCAAAUCACAACUCUGCCUCUAAGACCAACUCAGAUUCAGGGGUUUGUGUCUCAGUUCCAUUCAUACAAAAGUUGUUAGCUGAGGUAUUGGGUACCUAUUUUCUUGUUUUUGCUGGUUGUGCCUCGGUGGUAGUAAAUUUGGCUAAAGAUAAAGUUGUGACUUUUCCCGGAAUAUCCAUAGUUUGGGGAUUAGUUGUGAUGGUAAUGGUUUACUCCGUUGGUCAUAUCUCUGGCGCCCAUUUCAAUCCUGCGGUCACAAUUGCUUUCGCCACUACUAGGAGAUUUCCAUUCAGACAGGUACCUGCUUAUGUAAUAGCACAAGUUCUUGGAUCAACUCUAGCUAGUGGUACACUUCGGCUAUUAUUUAGUGGAAAGCAAGACCAUUUCUUUGGAACACUUCCCACAGGCUCGGAUAUGCAGUCGUUUGUGCUUGAAUUCGUCAUCACAUUUUACCUUAUGUUUGUUGUAUCUGGUGUUUCCACUGAUAACAGAGCGAUAGGAGAACUUGCUGGGCUGGCUGUGGGCUCUACUGUUCUAUUGAAUGUGAUGUUUGCAGGGCCAAUAUCUGGAGCAUCAAUGAACCCAGCAAGAAGCUUGGGUCCAGCAAUUGUGGCAACCCAGUAUAAAGGACUAUGGAUUUAUCUUGUGUCACCAACUCUUGGAGCCAUAGCUGGUGCUUGGGUCUAUAACUUAAUCAGGUUCACUGACAAGCCACUUAGAGAGAUCACCAAGAGUGGUUCUUUCUUAAAAAGUCUAAGGCGUGAUAACUCCGGUUGAUCAAAUAAUGGAGUGGAGUCCAAAUAAGGACACAUCAAACAAAUGCUGCUGUCCUUAUUUAGUCUCUUUAAUAAUUAUUACAAAGAAGCAGACGAGCUUUGACCUUUUCCUUUUUAGGUUAAGUAUCAGCAAACUAGGGUUUAUGUUUAAUAUUAGGCUUAAAAUUGUAGAAAUUUUGUGUUUCCCAUGUUUAAGUCUGUAUCCAUAGCAAGUGAUAUGAAUGAAAAUGUCUUGCUUUUGUUUA